UGAGAGGGUUGAGGAGGUGUGGGAGUGUGGGAACCCCCCUCCCCUUUGACACUUCCCCCGCUCAAACAUCCUAGACGGAGUCUUCGGCAAUUUUUCAUAAUUGGUUAACAAGCGCGGGAAUUAUGGCGGCAAGAUACUGUAGAAGCUCAGACGAAGUUCUCUCUGUCUUAAAUAAUGCCAAGGUCCAGGAAAAAGAUUUGACAUCUAUCACCCAAGUUCUAAGCUUUCCAGAACCAAGCGAACUUGAUGAAAAUUUAGUCCUUCUGGAGCUUGACAAUGCUCUUCUAGAUUUGAUGAACCAGGGCGAAAGCUUGGUCUUCAGAGGCGACAAAAAUGAAAGUGCCGUUAUGUGCACCAAAAACAGAACUUUUGAUGUAAAAGUUGCAGAAAUUUCAAAUGCUCUAGCUCUUGUACCUGAAAUCCUUUGGGGUGGAGAUACCAAAUCCAACUCAUCUCAUGAAGAAAGAACUUUAAGCAACAAAUGUGUCGCUAAGAUAUUUUAUGAGUACCUUGAAGUGCGUCCCUGCGGACCACGUCUUCAAAAGUUACGAUCAUUGUUGGAUAAGGGACAGUACAGUGGUCCUGAAUAUGAAAGUGAAGUGCAGGACAGUGGAGUAAAAUUGUACACACUUCAUGACCUACUUCACUGUAUUCAAGCCAGUGAGGAAGAGCUUUUGACCGCUCUCAAAGAGAAUUUUGUCUGUUGCAUUAAUGGUCACUGGCGUUUCCUGGAAUUUAAUUAUCAUUUUCGUGUACUCUCUUUAAUUCUGGGACUUGUAGAUGAAAAUUCUUGGCCUUUGAAUGGUGUUGUCCGGGGUGAAGUUCUAGAAACAUUAAGCGAUGUUGUUCCUACUGUAAUUCUGGAUCAUUUACUUGAUUGGUACUGCACCGAAAACUCAGACGGGCUAACUUGUACUUUACGUGAUGACAGAAUCUGUAGAUAUCUUGGUGAGGUCCUCCUGAGACCAGCAGGGAAAUUCAAUUUACGCGAUUUUCUUUCUGCAUGGCAACAAAGUGUGCCAGAAGGAAUGGUGACUGAUAUGAAAUACCUGGAGGGAGUAGCUAUUAAAGACAUCUCAUGCCAGCCUCAAGUUGUAAGAUUUUUUCCAGAAUGGGAGCUACCUGAAGACAUAGCAGAAAGAUUUAGGAUUUUGUUUCAUACAAGAGAGAAAUGGACCAUUGAUGAUAUACGUCCUUAUGUCGAGCGUCUAACAACUAACAAGAUGAAUGUCAAUGCACUUCUUACCAAAUAUGCAAGAGCUUCAACAUUGAAUGGUGUUAAGCUGUACAGUGCUCGUCAUGGAAAAUAAGGCUUAUGUUAAGUCAGACAUACUUCAAUAACUUUUAAGAAUUAGCACUUAUAUAGAUAUAAAAAAAAACAAUUAAAAUAGUAUAUUUAAGUACACA